AUGGCGUCGUUUAAUCUCGAUGGGCAAAUCGAGCAGCGGUACAAAAUUCUUCGUCAUAUUGGUAGCGGAGCGUACGGCAUCGUGUGGUGUGCGUUGGACCGUGAAACAAAUACACUAGUGGCAUUAAAGAAGGUGUUUGAUGCGUUUGGAAACCAACAGGAUGCGCAGAGGACGUAUCGUGAGGUGAUGCUGCUUACUGCUCUUCGUCAUGAGAGCAUUGUUCUCUUAAGGAAUAUGAUACGGUCUGUGAAUGGCACCGAUAUUUACCUUGCGUUUGAGCUUGCCGAGACGGAUCUCUCAACAAUUCUACGGCAUAAUGUAUUGGGACCAAUUCAUCGGCAGUAUUUGGCCUAUCAGAUUGUAAAAAUUGUUGCUUAUCUACACAGCCGUGGAGUAAUUCAUCGAGAUUUGAAACCGGCUAAUAUCUUUGUGAACUCUGACUGUCGUAUUAAGCUUGGUGACUUUGGUCUUGCGCGGUGUAUACAGUCUCAGGGCGAGGAUGCAUUCCGUGACCUGACAGGUUACAUCGCCACUCGCUGGUACAGAGCUCCAGAAAUACUUGUUAACUCGGCGAAUUAUACGACCGCCAUGGACAUGUGGGCGGUUGGUUGCAUCAUGGGUGAGCUUUUGACGUCAUCACCACUUUUUAUGGGGAGCUCAACGCUGCAUCAACUUUCUCUCAUCAUUAGCGCGGUGGGGGAACCAACAACAGGUGAUUUGGAGAGUUUAGGAUCGAGUGAAACAUGGCCGCUUAUGGACGCUCUUCCCCCCGUCGAAAGUUGUCCCUUGUAUGAAACCCUGCGCCAGUACGACCCCGAUGCGGUGGACCUUACCUGCAAACUCGUUGUUUUUAAUCCUACGCGGCGCAUAACAGCACGGGAGGCUCUCCGACAUCCGUAUUUUGCUCCCUUCUUCACAGAAAGUGAUAUGGAGGAACUUAACAAAGCUACCAUCAUUUCACUCCCACUCCCAGAUGAGAAGGAUUACCCUGCUGCAGAGUAUAGGGAAGCACUUUACAAAGUCAUCUCACAUCGUUUUCGACAGAAUAUUGCCGUAUAG